CUCGCAUCACCUACUAAAUUCCCAGGGAGAUGGGAGAGAGAAAGAGAGAGGAGAGGCCACGAUGAUGUCAAAUUGACAGCCACGGGCUUCAAAAUAGGUAGAAAGAAAGAGUUACAAGAGGGGAAUAAACCAUCAAGACAGAGAGAAGGAAUUCAAAGGAAAGAAUGCAGUCUUCUUCUUCUUCUUCAGCAUCUCCUGCUGCUGCUUCUCCUCCUCCUCCUCCUCCUCCGUCAUUCCCCAGCUUCCCCAAGGAAUCCCGUAACCUCUACUGCGUUCUGGUCACCUCCCUCGUCUCCCUUUUCUUGAUCCUCUCCUUCUCCUCCCCCUCCGCCUCCUCGCCCUCCUCCUCUGCCGCCUCCCACGUCCGAUCCGCCUCCGCUACCGCCACCGCCCUCCUAUCCUCCUCCCCGCCGCCCCCCUCGCUCGCUUACCUCCUCACCGGCUCUGCCGGCGACGGCGACCGGCUCCUCCGCCUCCUCCACGCCGUCUACCACCCCAGGAACCUCUACCUCCUCCACCUCGACGGCGCUGCCCCGAAGGACGAGCGCGAGCGCCUCGCCCUCGCCGCCUGGAACGUCCCGGCCUUCCGAUCCGCCCGGAACGUGCACGUCGUGGGGAAGCCGGAUUUCGCUAACCCUCGCGGCUCCUCUGCGCUUUCCGCCACCCUCCACGGCGCCGCGAUCUUGCUCCGGAUUGGAGCGAAUUGGGAUUGGUUCGUCAACCUUGACGCGUCCGAAUACCCUAUAGUGACCCAAGAUGAUCUUCUUCAUGUAUUCUCUUUCCUACCGAGGGAUCUCAACUUUGUUCAGCAUUCCAGUUAUAUUGGUUGGAGAGAGUCGCGGCAACUGAGACCCAUUAUUGUUGACCCUGGACUUUACCUCUCUUCCAGGACAGAUAUUUUUUAUGCUACUCAGAAGCGUGAGUUGCCAAAUGCAUAUAAGUUGUUCACAGGUUCUGCUUCUGUUAUCCUCAGUCGGAAGUUUAUAGAGUACUGCAUAUUGGGUACUGACAAUUUGCCAAGAACUCUUAUGAUGUACUAUGCAAAUACGCUGUCAUCACACACAAACUAUUUCCAAACUGUCCUUUGUAACUCUCCUGGAUUCAAUAGGACUAUUGUCAACCAUCACCUACACUAUAUGAUCUGGGAUGCAUCUCCAAAGAAGGAACCCCGUCUACUGACUAUGGAUGACCUUAAAAACAUGACUAUAACUGGAGCAGCAUUUGGUACAAGGUUCUCUAAGAACGAUCCUGUUCUGGACCACAUUGAUAAGGAAACUUUGAGCCGGGGUCCUGGUAGGAUAGUCCCUGGAGGCUGGUGUUUAGGUGGAAGCCAUGGGGACCCAUGUGCUGUUUGGGGUAAUCCUGAUGUUCUGAUUCCUGGACCUGGGGCAGCACGGCUUGCAAAGAUUAUUGCAGAUCUUCUGUCGGAUGGAAAGCUACGUUCUCAACAAUGUAUAUGGAAGUGAUCCAUGCAUGAGGUACAUUAACUGCUCAGGUGACUCUUUGCGUCUUCUGCUCCUUGGCCUUAAGAGGAAACAUGAAACCACAUCUUGGUUUUGUAAUUUUGAUCUCCAAUCUUCAAUUUGGGAGCUGCAUCAUCUUAUUUGUUAACUCAGCUUUUGAAUACAUAAUUCUAGUUCUCAAUUUAUCAGAUCUGGGUUCUGUAGAAAUUUAUUCUUCAAUGUCCAAAUAGUGCUAAUCAAAAUGUGGAUUCUGUUUGAAGCGCUUAAUAGUAUGGCAAGCCAAACUUGAUCUUUCA